CCAGGGUAGACCGCAGGGUCCCUCCGGAUAAACCCAACUUAGCUAGGGAGGCAGGGAUACUGGCGAUGAGCGAUUACCACUUGAGGCCGAUAGAUCUUGAAUGCCUCCGAGGGAGGAGAGAAUACAAGCUAUGAUGACAAACGGUGGGCAGAUUGCGAGAGCCCGUGGCGUUGGCUUAAUAGCCACCGCUGGCGUGACUUUUCUGCUCGCUUUCUUCAUCCUCGCCCAUCAGUUGAUUCGGUCCAGUCAGUCGAUCGACGAGUUGAAGCGUCCAACCAUGUGGAAAGAUAUCUCCCCCGCAGGGCUUCUGUCCCUAGGAUUAGCUGGCCAGGCAUCCGCUACCCUCCUUUAUGUGUCCUCCUAUGCUGGUACCGUCACGACUUUACGUCUAACCCUGCCCGACGACAACUCCGCCACCGCUGCUGCUGCUACCCUUGAGAGUAUCUCCAACUCGACGGGCUGUGGCCCGAAUCCGUCAUGGCUCUCACUCGACUAUGCCAAAAAAUUCCUCUUCUGUCUGGAUGAGGGUUUCAACGGUCCCUACGGAGGCGUGACCACCUUCUUUACUGAUGAUGACGGAACGCUGACCACGCUGGACAAGCUUGAUGUGAUACAAGGGCCAGUCAGCAUCGCUGAGUUCGGUGUUGGCGGGAGCGGGCUUGCCAUAGCACACUAUUCUGGUUCUAGCGUCAGCGUCGUUGGCUUCAAUGCCGAGGGCAAUCUCACUCUGGUGCACAAUGAGACUUAUACGCUUGAAGGACCUGGUCCCAACCCCGAGCGACAGGAGGCGCCUCAUCCACACGAGUCGAUACUAGACCCUACCGCGUCGUACGUUCUGGUGCCGGAUCUAGGUGCUGACCUCGUCCGUAUCUACCAAGCCGACGCUAGUACCCUCGGUUUGACACCCAUCACCCCUCUCGCCGUUCGGCCCGGGUCUGGGCCAAGGCACGGUGCGUUCACAGUCACGUCGGAGAAGACAUACUUCUACCUGGUCUCUGAACUCGGUAACACCAUCACGGGAUAUGAGGUCAUAUACAAUGAAAAUAAGACGCUUAGCUUUGACGAGUUAUUCUUCAUCCCUACACACGGCGAAGAGAGGGCGUUACCAGAAAAGACAGGUGCGGCUGAGAUUCUAGUGUCGCCUGAUGGAAAGUUCUUGAUCGUAUCAUCUCGCUGGGAGGAUUCGUUUAAUAUCACAAACUUCGAUCCUAGUAACAGCACUGAGAUCCCUUCAGACCCACUCAUAACCUAUUCGAUUGACCGCUCAACCGGAAACUUGACGAAAGUGCAGGAAUUCGCAGCUGGUGGUAGGGUACCCCGGCACUUCUCGAUCAACGCGGACGGCAACUUGGCGGCUGUGUCACUACAGGGGGAUGGCCGCGUCGUUGUGAUCGAUCGUGAUGUCGAAACAGGGUUAUUCAAGGAUUACGUCGCGUAUGCGGAUAUUGAAGGCGAAGUGACAGCGGCCAUCUUCCGCGAAGAUUAUCAUACAAUCUAGGAGUGUCACGGAAAGAGUCCAGACCCCACAAUCGGAUAGAGUAGACGUAUAGAUCCCGUACGACUUAUAGAACAAGUGACUCUUUUCGUAUACCGAUCUCGCGUAGCAAGACACAGGGGCCAAUAUAC